CUAAAGAAUACUAGAACACCCCCCUCUGAACCCCUCAAAUAGUCUCCUGUGCUUUACAUAAAAGAAACCAAGCUCCCCUACUUCACAUAACUCAGAAUCCCUCUGAUCUUCUUGCUCCUCCUGUGCCCUCCAUGGCUGCAACAACAUUUUCUACAACUAUUCACAACCCCAAGUAUCACUUCAUCAUCAGCUCAUCAUCCUCUUCAAAACCGUCUUCAUUACCUGUUUCUCAACCAUUAAAACCCUCUAGCAAACCUGGAAAAUCAUGGUCUUUGGCUAAAACAUUGGCCUUGGCUAGCACUGCCCUUUCGCCCUUAGCCUCUUCCCCCAUAGCCUUGGCAGCGAAGCAAAUAGCCGAGUCACCCCAAGAAGAUAACCGUGGCCUCGCCCUUCUGGUGCCCGUAGCAGCUGCAGUAGGUUGGGUGCUCUAUAAUAUCCUGGGGCCUGCACUGAACCAGAUCAACAAAAUGAGGAGCGAGAAAAUGAGCGUCGUGGGACUCGGGCUUGGUGGGUUAAUAACUGCUGCAUCUAGUGCUUUGCUUGUGCCUAGUGCUUCUGCUGUGACUGAAGUUAUUGAAAAUGAGGGAGCAGGGAAUGGUGGUAACCAAGGUUUGCUUGCCUUAAUUGUUGCUGCUGCUGUGGCUUUAGAGGUGGUGUUGUUGAGUAGCAUGCAAUCAAAAUCAGAAUAGGAGGGUGGGGGUCAUUGAUGGAAUCAUGGGUGAAUUUUGAUUGGGUUAGUACUGUUGUAUAGCAUCAAGAUGUAGCAAAAAUAACUCUGUAAUAGGUAGAUGUGUAUGUGUAUGUGUAUUUUGUCCUUGAAUGUAACAAAGAGUUUUUUUGAUUGAACUAGUGGGAAAUGAUCUAAGCCAUUAAGGCUAGACAAGGUACGCUUGUUUAGCUUCCUUGUUUGUUUGCCUGGUUGUACUUGUCAAAAAAAAAAAAAAAAAUUGUCCUGUGAAUUCUUGAAGGGAACUAUAUUCAAAUAUAUUUGUCACCAAUUGGCAAUUACACAAGGGAUACUUCUACUAGUACCCUUCCUUUUGUAUCCUUUUUUUAAAUCAAUGUUCAUGUCUCUUCAUUUUAUGUGUAA